AUGGUGCGGGUGCCGGAAUGCGCGCCCGCGCGGCUGUCCAUUGAAUCUGACGAUGCUCCUGCUGCUCAGCUCUGCUCAGCUCUGCCGGCUCGUCUGUUCAACUCGAGCGCAACGCUCGCAGUGGUCGCUUUGCCGCCAGUAACCAUGCAGACGGUUCCCAGUCUUAUUGGGACCGGCACUGCCAUUGCUGCAGCGGCCAACGGCCUGGUGUUUGGUCAGCCCGAAGAGCCUCCUCCACCUAACAAGAAGCGACUCAGCCAGCUCAGGAAGGAAAUCUCGUUCGAUCGCGAUCUGCCGGUUACGGCCCCCUCGGCCAUCUCGUCUCCCCUACGAUACGAAGCCAGUCUGGAUGCGCCGUCAAUAGAAGUCGAGUAUCCGCCGCAGAGUGCCGUGGCCAGCCCAAUCACAGUGUCUCGACCUCCGUUGUCCCGCUACCAGAGGCCGUCGCAUCAACCUGCCUCGUCACCCAGGCCAAUCCCUGAAAGACGGUCCAUGUUGAGGCAGCGUGAGAGCUCAGCAUCACCGACGCCUGAGGGACCUAGAGACUCCACCUCGUCGAGCGGAUCUUGGAUUAGGAGGCUCUCGAUCCGCCGCCCUCCGUUGUCGCGACAGGGAAGCGUCAAGUCAAAAUCCAGCAUUGGACCAGAUUCGCCCUCGAUUUCUCAGUCGUAUACUUCAUCAGCCCCGAUUCUAUCAAGGCCAAACACGGCCGCCAACCCUCUGGCGCCGAACAAGCUUGUGAAACGAUCUCCAUCAGUCACAUCUAGCGACGCUCCUCUUACACCCACACACAAUCGACCGAAAUCGCAUUUAUCUAUCCUGCGGCGACCAGCGACAAGCCACCAGAGAUCCGCCACCCUGCAUCAAUUCCGCCAGAGCGCUGAUUUGACGAAUCUGCCCUCACCGGCGUUUUCUUUUGAUCAAUCAUCAAAGCAGCACGAAAGCUUGUUAACAGUGGCGCUGUCUACGCAACCUCGAGGAAUUCGAAGGACAAGGUGGAUAUCUUUCUUCCAUUCACGCACAAGCAACGUUGGUGGUGGUGGUAUUUCUGGCCGCCUGGGAGAGGGGCCCCCCCGUGGUCGCACCGUCUCAGGAAAACGCAUUUCUCCUGGCGGCUAUGAUCGUCAGAAGGUACAUCUUGUUACGCCCAGGAUGGUGUCGCCUGCCUCAGCGCCUCUAAUUGCGCCAUCCCCCGUGGAUCGACGAGAUGAGAUUCGCCAAGUCCGACAUGAGACAGGUGUUCACGUGGACGCUCGAUCGACUUCCCCCGAGAAUGCGACUGAAAGAAAAGCGAUGCGACCUCAUUCAAUGCCAUUCCCUCCAGUUGUCAACUGGCUCUCGAGAACAUCGGGAAGCCUUCGACAACCAAAACGGGAGACUGAGCCGGAUGGUGUGAACGACAGGCGGCACGUGUCAGCCCCAAGCAAUAGUGGCGCCCAAACCGCCGUGGAGCACGACUUGAAAGCGCCGGCGCAAUCACCAAUCCCACCCAGUCCUCUAGGACGGCAGGGGCCGACGCUGGAUUCAGCAGCCAAAGCUCAGCUAACAAUGCAUAAAAGAAGCCAUUCCUCCCCACUUCUCCCCGCCCCUCGUAAAUCGAAUUUUCAAAUCGACGGACCACGCUUAGGAUCGCCUAGCGGGGCGGCCUCUCACUCAGCACGGCAGCACCUGCCCUCCGGGAGCUCGACCAGCUCCGCUGCCAUGUCGCAACUCAGAGCUUCUCCAUUACAUGAGAGUUUCUCUGCCGCUGAAGGAUUUGAAGGCGACGCUCGCGGCUUCAUAUCGGCCGAUGAGGACGACGCCGAUUAUAAGAGUGACACUGUGUUCGACUCACUGCGCACCGCAGCUUCUAGUCGCACAAGGGCUGUGGAGACGCCCUUGGACUCUAUUUAUGACGACUCCCCCCCGAGCACCGCAGGAAAUAAUGGUAAGACCAAGCGCCUCUCGAUACAGGAGAUACUGGGCCAUAACUGGGACGGUGACACAAAUAUUAUGGAAGAAGACGAAAGUACCAUGAUGCCCAUCGGGCAAUCUGAUAGGGCUAGACUAAGGUACUCUAGCCGCCACAUUCUUACUUUGCCUCGCAUCAGCUCAGAGUCGUCUCAAAAUGGUGUUUCGAUUUACACGAAAGAAUUUGGUCGCAUUUCAUUAGACGACGAUUUUGAUGAAGACUGGGCUGUUGAUGACGACGCGCACUUUAAUCCCCUCUCUCCUCCCUCCAAAGGCAGCUCACUCAACUCUCGCGGCAUUAAUCCAAACGUCAGGGUUGCGCUGGCGAAUAUGAGCCUUGACCAAAGGUCUGAUAUGGACUCGGAUGAUCGGCCUCUGAAUAACUUGUUUGACUGGAGUGAAACUUCUAUUCAUGAUAAGAGCAGUGCAGGCGGUGUUCCGCUGCGUCCCAAGACAUCUUACGAAAAGCAGGAGCUUGACGCUAGGGGCGGACGCCCUGUCAUUCGCAGUCCUAUACCAACGCAUAUUCGGAGCCAAAGUGUUCCUCUCUCGCACGCGUUGGAUGAGGGCAAGUCAUCUACUGGUGCCAAGUAUGGUACCUGGGGGCUGAGCUCGAAGACAGUGAGCGAGGAUUGGGACGAAGACUUUGAGUUUGGUGGCAGCGCCAACGACUUUGGUGAUAAAGCCGACAACAAUCUGUUCUCGGUGCCCGAAUCUAUCCGUGCAUCACAGCCUAGUGUGAAGGCGCAUUCGGGGCAGAUCCGUGAACUGUCUUUGCUCGUCAACGACCUCAAGCGACUGUGCCGCCACGGGCGUGAUAUGGACAUGCUCGACGGUCCACAGAAGACUUUAUGGAAAGAGGCUGAGGGCGUCAUUGCACUAGCUUCACCCGACGAGGAGGAUUCUAUAGAUGAGGAGAACGAUGCCAACUUUUUGGAUGCCAUGGAGGAAUUCGAUAACAACGAUGGAUUCUCGGAAGAAGACUUUGACGAUCUCUCUUUCAGCAGGCUGGACAUGGCUUUCGAUAUCAAGGAGCCCAUGUCAAAGACUGCUGUAGUUCGUGAGCGCCAUUCCCCGAAACGACGAUCUGUUUUCUCUCCCGACGAUGACAUCUUCGGUGGCAAUUGGCCGUUGGUUGAUGAAAACCCGCCAUCCAAUCAGUCCAGUCGCUCUCGAACACCCGAAUUACGUGCUGAUAGGCAAGAAGAGGCAGCCAAAGGUGCUCGCUCAGUAAUGGAAGCAAUGAGUCGUUCCAUAUCCGACCAGGACACCCAGUCUCGUCCAGAUAACAAGAUGACUUUCGAUACAAACAGUUUGAGAGUGUUGGUGAAGAGAGCUGGGGAGCUUCGAGAUUCCUUGUCAGACGUUAUCCGCCGGGCUGAGCAAAUAACACAGAGCCCUGUGGUUACUCCAAGGCGUGACCGUGAAACCGAUUCUAGUCCUGCUUUCACUCGGAUGUUCGAUGAUCCAGGAUCGAGUCAAUCUCGUCGAACCAUCCGACAUCGUGGCAAUUUGUCCUCGUUACUUGAUUCGCCAUCACCAAAAACCUCCUCCUCAUCAUCAUCCUCUUCGCCAGUGACCAGACGCUUACAGACUAUGAUUGCUAGCUAG